AUGCAUCCAGCCGACGAGGAGCACACAUCCUUCAUAACCGAUAGGGGUCUCUACUGCUACAAGGUGAUGUCUUUCGGUCUAAAAAAUGCAAGGGCUACCUACCAAAGGCUUGUGAAUAAGAUGUUCGCUCAACGGCUCGGCAAAACGAUGGAGGUCUACGUCGACGACAUGCUCGUAAAAAACGCCAGGACCAGCCAUCACGUCGAUCAUCUGGGAGAAAUGUUUAGUAUAUUAAGAAAAUAUCACAUGAAACUUAAUCCCCAGAAAUGUGCCUUCGGAGUUGGGUCGGGGAAGUUCCUCGGUUUUAUGGUUAGUAACCACGGGAUUGAGGCCAACCUCGAGAAAAUCAAAGCCCUAAAAGACAUGCGGUCACCAACAAAGCCGAAAGAGGUGCAAAGGUUGACGGGUUGUGUCGCCGCCCCAAAUAGGUUCAUAUCAAAAGCCACUGACAAAUGUAUCCCUUUCUUCGAUGCUUUGAAAGGAAGCAAGCACUUUGAGUGGACACCACAAUGUGAGGAGGCUUUCCAAAAACUGAAGGAGCAUUUGGGCAAACCCCCAAUUUUAUCAAAGUCGAACGUCGGCGAGGAGCUUAGCCUAUACCUCUCCGUGUCCCAACACGCUGUGAGCUCCGUAUUGUUAAGAGAAAAAGAAAAGGUGCAAUUGCCGAUCUACUAUGUGAGCAAAAGGCUCAUCGACGCCGAGUCAAGAUACAGCGAAAUGGAGCACCCUCGCCCUGAUGGUAGCUUCGAGGAAGCUUCGGCACUACUUCCAAUCCCACACAAUACGAGUUCUCACAAACCACCCGCUGAGACAGAACUCAGCCAGUUCGACAUAAAGGACGUGCUAAGAACCGCGAUUAAGGGCCAAGCGCUCGCCGACUUUCUGGCUGAAUUCUCUCAUAGGCCGACUCCCACCCCAUCUGAAGAAACUGAGAUUACAAAAUGGAAGCUUUACGUAGAUGGGGCGUCGAGCGAAAACGGAUCAAGAGCCGGCGUUUUGUUAAUCAGCCCCAAAGGCCACAAGAUUACCUCGGCGGUACGAUUUAAAUUUAAGGCGUCAAACAAUGAGGCAGAAUAUGAAGCCCUAAUUGCCGGACUACGUUUAGCUAACCACCUGAAGGUCGAGAGGAUAAGCGUCUACAGCGACUCCCAGUUAGUCGUCGCGCAAGUAAAGGAAGAAUACCAAGCACGCGGCGAGAAGAUGGGGGCAUAUCUGAGAAAAGUAAAGGAGGAACUCGUUAAGUACAAAAACUACGAAAUACUCCAGAUUCCACGAGCCGAAAACGCAAAUGCGGACGCCUUGGCAAAGCUGGCCUCAUCAAGGGAUUCCGACACAUUAGGCGUCGUUCCCAUUGAAGAAUUGGAGCGGCCAACCAUCAAGGAGCAAGCAAAGGCAUUAAGUGUCCAAGAAGGUGAAAAUUGGAUGACGCCACUCACACGAUACCUAAUGGACGCGCAGCUGUCGGAUAAUAAAGACGAAGCCCGAUGA